AUGGCCGGUGACGAUCUGGAAAGGGGACGGGCCCCGGAGGCUAUAGCUAUAGCUUCAGCUUCAAGCACCCCGGCCGGGACCUCCGACUCAGAUCGCCGCCCCACCAACAAGCCCGGCGCGACCACCGAACCUAGUGCAGCCACCGGUGCGAAGGAUGACAAGCCCAUGCGGCGGCCCUGGCUCUCCCGGCUCUCCCGGCUCCAGGACGACGUCCACCCCCGCCACACCGACCUCCCCCUCUUCGCCUGCAGCUUCACCUCAGGCCUCUGCGACAGCAUGACCGUCAACGCGGCCGGCACCUUCGUGAGCAUGCAGACGGGCAACACCAUCUUCCUGGCCCUUGGCAGCGCGGGGCUCCCCGACGACGACGACGACGACGCCUUCCUCUGGCUCCGCUCCCUCACCUCCAUCGCCUCCUUCGCCCUCGGCUGCUUCGUCUUCGGCCAGGCCCGCCGCCUCCGCGCCCGCCGCAAAGCCACCCUCGCCCUGUCCUUCCUCGUCCAGGCCGCCGCCAUUUUCCUCGCCGCCGCCCUCGCCCACGCCGGCGUCGUCGCCGACCUGGCCCGCACCUCCGUCCCCGGCUUCGGCGCCCCGGACGACUUCCGUCCCAGGGGGGGCCAGAUCGUCCUGCUCCCCGUCGCUAUCCUCGCGUGGCAGUUCGGCGGCCAGAUCGUCACCAGCCGUGUUCUCGGGUACGGGGAGGUCCCCACCUGCGUCCUCACCAGUGUGUACUGUGAUCUCUUCUCGGAUCCGAACAUCGUGGCCCCCGUCUCGAGGAAUGUCAAGCGGAACCGCCGCGUCGGCGCUAUUUGCACCCUGCUGGUGGGUGGUAUCGCCGGGGGCUGGCUGCAGCGGAGCCCGGCCGGCAUGACUGGUGUUCUCUGGAUCGCUGGCUCCAUCAAGGUCGCUAUCGCCUGUGCGUGGGCUCUGUGGCCUAGCGAGAAGGCGGCGCAGGAGAAGGGCCACGUAUGA